AGAAGGAAUACGUAUGAGAGAGAGAGAGAGAGAGAGAAAGAGAUUAAUACAUAGGAAUAUGUCUCUCUCCCAACCACUGGGGUAUGAAUAUCACGAUGGGCUGGGGGGGAGAGAAGCGUUGAAAUCGUGUUGGAGGAUCGGUUGAGAGGUGUUUGUUUUAAGAUCCUUUGGCACGCAACUCGCCCUGCCGCCCGCCCCCCUCUCCGUCGUCCUUCUCUCUCUCUCUCUCUAGAAAUGCAUGAUACGACCUUAAUUCAAUUGUGACAAUUAGAGAGAGCGAAAUCGAUUGAGGGAGAAAUAACAAUAAGCUGUCGAUCAAAUAGCAGGUACGCGCAUUCACAGAGGAGAGAGAGAGAGAGAGAGAGAGAGAGCGCUGCCCACGUUUAAACACGCACAUACGCAUACAGUUAAUAAUACAGGGGGUUGGGGGAAUAACGAAUUAAGAUAGAAGGAAAGAAAAUGAAGUCGCCGUCUUUCGGAAGCAGAGGCAGCUCCAAACGAUCAAACUACAGCCGCGCCUUCGAAUUCCCCCCUGACGAUCCGGCUGACUCCUCCGGCGACUACGGCGUCGGCGGAGCAAUGCUACCCCUCUUCCUCAGCGACCUCCGCCACCACACCCACCCCCACCACCAGGAGCUAGUCGAAGUCACCUUAGAGCUAGACCGCCACGAUGAUUCCAUUCUAGUCCGCAGCGUCACUCCCAGAGCCCCAGAGCCAGUUGCCGGCAAGGAUCGUCAAACCCUGGGCAGUCUCCUCGAGAGAAGCCUCUCCGCCACCUCCAAAAUCCGCCGUAAAUUCUCCUGGCUGAGAUCCAGCUCGUCUCGGGCGUCGUCCGACAUUGAAGAGCCGACGACCGCGAUCUCCGCCCGCGACGCUCGGAGGCUGAACGCCAAGCUUCAGCGGACGAAAUCGAGCGCGCAACAGGCGCUGAAAGGCCUCAGAUUCAUCAACAGAACAACGGCCGGCACGUCAGAGGAGCUGUGGCGAAAAGUGGAGUCGCGGUUCGCGUCGCUGGCCAAGGACGACCUCCUCGCCAGAGAAGACUUCGGUGAAUGCAUAGGAAUGGUGGACUCGAAAGAGUUUGCAGUGGGAAUCUUCGAUGCGCUGGCGAGGAGAAGGCGUCAGAAAAUAGGGAAGCUCACGAAAGAAGAACUUUACGAGUUCUGGCUCCAGAUUUCAGACCAGAGCUUUGACGCUCGCCUCCAGAUUUUCUUCGACAUGGCAGAUAGCAAUGCAGAUGGAAGAAUAACGAGGGAAGAAGUACGGGAGCUUAUAAUGCUCAGUGCUUCUGCAAACAAGCUAUCUCAAUUGAAAGAACAAGCUGAAGAAUACGCUUCAUUAAUAAUGGAAGAGUUGGACCCAGAAAAUUUUGGGUAUAUAGAGUUGUGGCAGUUGGAAACGCUGCUGCUACAAAGAGACACCUACAUGAACUACAGUAGACCUCUAAGCACGGCUAGCGUGGGGUGGAGUCAAAACAUUACUUCUAUCAGGCCAAAGAACAUUUUGAAUGGAGUCAGCUUCACCAUCCGGUAUCUCAUUUUAGAGAACUGGCAAAGGGGAUGGAUUAUAUUGUUGUGGGUGAUGACUAUGGGUUGCCUCUUUGCCUGGAAGUUCAAUCAAUACAAGAACAGGGCAGCAUUUCAUGUCAUGGGUUAUUGCUUGACCACUGCGAAAGGGGCUGCUGAGACUCUUAAGCUUAACAUGGCUCUCAUACUCUUACCGGUUUGUCGAAACACUUUGACAUGGCUUCGAUCCACAAGAGCAAGGCUCUUUGUCCCUUUUGACGAUAAUAUUAAUUUCCACAAGAUGAUUGCUUGUGCUAUUGCCAUUGGAAUCCUUCUGCAUGCAGGCAACCAUCUGGCAUGUGAUUUUCCCCGCCUGGUUAACUCGUCUCCGGAAAAAUUUGCCUAUAUAUCCCCUGAUUUCAAUAACAAGAAGCCGACUUACGGAAACCUUUUGAUUAGCGUUGAAGGUGUGACUGGGAUUGUUAUGGUGAUUUUGAUGGCCAUCUCAUUUACGCUAGCCACACACCGCUUCCGGAAAAAUGUGGUGAGGCUACCAUCACCCUUCAACCGACUGACAGGCUUUAACGCGUUCUGGUAUUCACAUCACCUUCUCAGUCUUGUCUACAUUUUGGUGCUUAUUCAUGGAACCUUCUUGCUUUUCGUCCAUGAGUGGUAUCAGAAAACGACAUGGAUGUAUAUCUCUAUUCCACUAUUGCUCUACAUGGCUGAGAGGAGUCUGCGAACACGUAGAUCAAAACAUUAUUCAGUUAAGAUAUUGAAAGUUUCAGUACUUCCAGGAAAUGUCUUCAGCUUAAUCACGUCCAAGCCAAACGGAUUUAGGUACAAAAGUGGGCAAUAUAUAUUUCUACAAUGUCCAACAAUCUCCCCGUUUGAAUGGCACCCUUUUUCCAUCACUUCAGCACCAGGAGAUGAGUACCUUAGUGUUCACAUCCGAACAGUGGGAGACUGGACGCAAGAGCUGAAGCGAGUAUUCACUGAUACAAAUGAUUCACCAUCUGUAAUUGGUCGAGCAAAGUUUGGUCAACACGAUCAUGUGGAUCAGAAAGGAUUGCCCAGAUUGCUUGUUGAUGGCCCAUACGGAGCUCCGGCACAGGACUAUCGGAACUACGACGUCUUGCUCCUUGUGGGGCUUGGCAUUGGAGCAACCCCAUUCAUAAGCAUACUUAAAGAUCUCUUAAACAAUACUAGAACAGCAGAAGACAUGGAUUUGAACACAGAAACCAGUAGAUCCGAUGACAGCCAGAACAGUUUUACAUCUUCUAGUUUAACAUCAAGUGGUGGGAAGAAGAAAUCACAGAGGGCUACAAGUGCCCAUUUCUACUGGGUCACCAGAGAACCUGGAUCCUUUGAAUGGUUUAAAGGAGUAAUGAAUGAAGUUGCAGAAAUGGAUCACAAAGGUCAAAUUGAGCUGCACAACUAUCUUACGAGCGUUUACGAAGAGGGCGAUGCAAGGUCGACGCUGCUCACUAUGGUCCAAGCUCUCAACCAUGCCAAGCAUGGGGUUGACAUCGUAUCAGGCACCAGGCUAAGGACACACUUUGCAAGGCCGAAUUGGAGAGAAGUAUUCACCAAAUUAGCUGCAAAGCAUCCGUGUGCCACAGUAGGGGUCUUCUACUGUGGGAUGCCAGUGUUGGCGAAGGAGCUGAAGAAGUUAUCCCACGAGCUAAGUCACAAGACCACCACGCGUUUCGAGUUCCACAAGGAGUAUUUCUGAAAACAUAAAUUCAUCCUGAUUUUUUUUAUAUAUUUUAAUUUUGUACUCUUGUAAAUUAUUCAAGUUAUUAUACAUACAUUUAUACCCCAUUGCCCACCACAUAUGAGCUCCACACCUGAAGAAAAAUGUAAAUUAAACGCAGUGAUAUAUAUAUAUAGACAAAUGGUGGUGAUGUAUCAAACCAUGUACAAGUACAAAGCAGAGAAUGUUUUAAUAAAAAUAGGGUGGAGAAUUCAACGGCUUCUAACCACCUUCACGAUGCUUUCCAAC